AGUGGAUCAUUACCCUUCCUCAACUGUCUCCUUUCUCAGUAAAAUCUGUCAACAAUGCCAGAAGAAAGAAUCUACUCUUCAGGGAGGGAGCCAUAUUUUAACUUGAACUCAACAUGGUAUGGUCCAGCAGGAUCUUGGCUGGAUACUCGCCGCAAACCAUUCCACUAUGCUCACAAUACCUGCUGUGCAACCUGUUGCAACCGCAGAGAUGACAUCCCAAGAAGAGGAGGCCAUGAUUACCGAUGCUACGGCUAUCGUCGAUCAACUUGUUGCUCUGGUGGAAACCCUAGAGUGAGAUGCUGUGUCCACAACCCCUCAGGAGGACCCCGAGAUUAUUGGGGGCGACCAAUUGGUGAUGCAUGCAAUGGGUGUACAGGAUAUUUUCCUAACGAAGAGUCAUUCACUGGUGAAACAUGUUGUGGAUCCUCAGGAGGUUGUGGCAGUGGCGGAAGAAGAGGAUGUUCAAAACCAGGGGGAUGCUGCAGCGGAGGAAGAGGGGUGUGUUCCGAGCCAGGAGGAUGUGGCAGUAGAAGGAGAGGGGUAUGUUCUGAGCCAGGAGGAUGCGGCAGUGGAGGAAGAGGGGUGUGUUCCGAGCCGGGAGGAUGUGGCAGUGGAGGAAGAGGCGUAUGUUCCGAGCCGGGAGGAUGUGGCAGCGGAGGAAGAGGGGUGUGUUCCGAGCCAGGAGGAUGUGGCAGUGGAGGAAGAGGUGUAUGUUCCGAGCCGGGAGGAUGUGGCAGUGGAGGAAGAGGUGUAUGUUCUGAGCCGGGAGGAUGUGGCAGUGGAGGAAGAGGUGUAUGUUCCGAGCCAUGAGGAUACAGAAGUCAAAGAAGAGGAAUUUGCUCUGAGUAAUUUCACACACUUUCAAGAAGGCUCCAAUGAUUUGGGGGAUGUCUGUGCUGAUCCUUGGGCCUCAUAUUCAGGAGGAUGUUACUGAACUUUUUUUCAUAUUGAUCUAUGAACUUUAGUUGGUUGUAUCUUGAUCAUGUAGAAGAGUUGUUAUUUGUAUAAAGUUUUUUUCUACUCUUUCUCCCAAACAUGGCCUUUCCAAUGGCUUACAAAAUCUAUUAAAAAUAAAUAUAAAACAACAAAUUCAACAACAGUGGAAAGUGGCUAAAAUAAUUGAUGCUUACGAGACAAGAGAAGAUUGUUGAAUCCAAAGGGUUUUUUUUUAAAAAAUAGAAAAAUAACAAUUAAAGUCGCUAUAUUAAUCAAAACUUAGCUACAUAUGCUUGACUUCUCCUGGUUCCUAAUACACGCCAAAUGAAUUGAAAACCAAAAAUACCUUGGAAACAAAUUCAUUAAGAAUGGGGCAAUCCCAGACCAGCCUCUCUAUUUGAUGACCACCUAUCUUUCAAAAAUCUAUAUGUCAAAUGAAACAAAAAAUCUUCACCUACUGGCAGAAGACAACAACAGAGGGAGUUCCACAGUUUCAGCAGCACAGCCCGAAGGCCUUUUCCACCGGUCUGUCCCCAGAUGGUGGGGGUAUUCAAACAAGGCCUUCAAAGUUUUUGACCAUACGUAAUGUCUUGGAACGACGUUGCUUGCAUCACUUUGGUGUACACCAGUUUGGUGUAGUGGUUAAGAGCACGGGACUCUAAUCUGGAGAGCCGGGUUUGAUUCCCCACUCCUCCGCUUGAAGCCAGCUGGGUGACCUUGGGCGAGUCACAGUUCUCUGGAGCUCUCUCAGCCCCACCCACCUCACAGGGUGACUGUUGUGGGGUAAUAAUAACACUUUUUAAACUGCUCUGAUUGGGCAUUAAGUUGCCCUGAAGGGCGGUAUAUAAAUCGAAUGUUAUUAUUAUGUUAUUAUUAUUUUAUAAAAAUAGAAUCCUGCUAUUUGGUUAAAAUUGUCUUCUUUCGCUUAUUUGUUGUUAACAACCUCACCUGCAUGUAUCCGUUUUUCUUUUCUUACAUGUUAAACAUUCUUAUGUGGUUUUUAGUUUAUUAAAAACACCACAUCUAAUAAUAUAGUAGCUAGUCCUUCUGUGGAUGAUAAAAGCAGCUCAAAACAGUCAUUCUGAGCCCGCUGAUGCGGGGAGGGCGGAAUAUAAA